CCGAAUCAUCCGUGAUACCCCGUCACCGUUCUUUUUCAUCGUUGCCAUCAGCGAGAGCAUGAGCUUCAGUUGUGAAGGGAAAAAAAAAAAUUGGAACGAACAUUUGGUGCGCCUCUGUAAAAGAAGGAGGGAAAAAUAAUUAAACUUGGUAGGAACUAGAGCGAUGAGGGUGUCUACAACAGCGGGUUCAUAUGAUUUCAAGCAUCAUAUUCGAGCCUCUCAAGCCAACCCUCCAAGCUUGGAGGACUUUCAGAAGAUAUGCUCAAGUGUCACAAGAUGGAAUCAAAUCUCCUGGAAUGCAGCCAUUGCUGGGUUUUCCAAUUUAGGAUAUGUUGAGGAGUCCCUGAAAUGCUUCUUUGAAAUGAGGCAGGGCGUUAUUGAUGUGGACUUCUUCACAUUUACAAGCGUUCUAAAAGCAGUGGGAAUUAUUUCGGCUCUUGAAGAGGGGAAGCAGAUCCAUGCUCUUAUUUUCAAAAGUGGGCAUGCUGCAAAUUUAUAUGUCCAAAAUGGGCUUAUUGCCAUGUAUGCAAGAUGUGGCAUCAUUGAUGAUUCAAAGAGAGUAUUUUUCUCAGGUGGCAAACAUGACGUUAUCUCCUGGAAUUCUAUGCUUUCUGGAUGUGCUCAUCAUGGAUAUGGUAUAGAGACUGUUCAAUUGUUUGAACAGAUGAGAAGAACUAACAUCAAACCAAAUAGUACCACCUUCCUGAUUGUACUCACUGCUUGCAGUCAUGCUGGUUUGUGGGUCAAAGGACUUGAGUACUUUAAUUUGAUGAUAAACGAUGAAUUGGUUGAACCUCCCAAACUGGAACAUUAUGCUACAAUCCUUGAUCAUUUUGGUCGAGCUGGGAAUCUUAAGGAGGCUGAAGCCAUUAUCAAUAGUAUGCCAAUAGACCCAGGACCAUCUGUCUACAAAGCUCUGCUAAGUGCUUGUCGUGUUCAUGGAAACAAGGAAAUUGCUCCACGUUCUGCAAAGAAGCUCCUGGAGUUAUGCCCCAAUGAUCCUGCAACUUAUGUUCUUCUGUCAAAUGUGUUGGUUACGUGGGGUUAUUGGGAUGAUGCCGCUGAAGUACGAAAACUCAUGCAUCACUCGAGAGUAAAAUCUUCUGGUUGUAGUUAUAGUUGGAUUCGAGUGAACAAAUGGUGAAUGGAUUCGUUAUGAGAAAGAAAAAUGAUGUUUAAUAGUCCCUUGGUCUUCUUGGGCAGUUGGUCUCUCUCUAAUUCAUUUUCCAUGGAAUCUUCUGGUAAUGUUGUGGCAUGACGAAUUGAGUUGGACAAAAAUGAGUAUAUAGCUGGAGGUUUCAAAUUUGACUCUCCAUUUGAGCAUAUAUGUAUAUAGCUGGAGGCUUUCAUAUAUGUCUGGCAUGCUUGAUUGCUUCAGUUUUUGGAGGGUUAAGCACGUUCGCUCCAAAUCAAAUUGUGCUUGUGGGAAUACCAUUAACUAGUGAUAUUGCAGUGAUACGUUACCAUACUAGAUACGGCUGGCUAGGUUCUAGUCCCUUUUUUCUUUUUCUUUUUGUGCUUUCAUAAGUAAAUUAGGAUAUUACUUUAACAGCUACCGGUGGAAGUUACCACAAAUGUACAUUGAAGCGGUUUCCACUUUCCUGUCGAACAACUUGGUUAUAUUUCAUGCCAGGCGGAAUGCACAUGGGAUGCCCACAAGUCACUCCAUUUAGGAGUUCUGUCGGCAGGAGAUGGUGAGACUGGUUUGCACCCACGAUGUGGAAGGCUUCGAGGCUGGAGCUGCUGCUCAACUAAUUGUAAUUAUCAUUGUGCAUACCUCAAUAUCAUCGUAAAUAUUCCUUUCCACUUUCCUGUCGAACAACUUGGUUAUAUUUCAUGCCAGGCGGAAUGCACAUGGGAUGCCCACAAGUCACUCCAUUUAGGAGUUCUGUCGGCAGGAGAUGGUGAGACUGGUUUGCACCCACGAUGUGGAAGGCUUCGAGGCUGGAGCUGCUGCUCAACUAAUUGUAAUUAUCAUUGUGCAUACCUCAAUAUCAUCGUAAAUAUUCCUUUUUUAAGUCGAAUGGAGAAUGGUUCUUUUUAACCAUAUUUUCCUAAUA